AUUACGCAGUACUGUACAGCGUGACUAGACGACGACAUGGUUGUCUUCUUGUGUUUCGUACUGCUAGUUUGUGUUGUUGAAACUAAUCAAUCGUGUUCGAAUCCGGGUUGUAGGAAGCCAACAGGAGUGAGACCUCUCAUUGUAGCAGGAGAGCAGGUCAAAAACUACUUUUGCACUGGAGCUGAAGUGACAUUCUAUUGCAAGAAGAAUCGCGUUCUGCAUGGACCAGAACAGUUUCUUCACAAUCAAACAGUUCGAUGUCUACAAAAGGGUUGGAGUGUUGAUCUCGCGGACGUCAAAUGUGUGGAUCAGCCUAACUCGUCUGGCGGAGAUUCAGCGCGCUCUCUGCAGACAUUGCCAGCUAGUACUGUUGACUUUAAUCAAGUUCGGCCCACACUGCCGUACACAUCUACAGCUGAGGCCGAUUCCACACUACGUGGGCAGAGGUCACAAUUACCAGACAGUCCCACAACGCCGGGAGCUAGGGAAUUAUCACAAGUGUCAGAAAUACCAGCCAUGACAUACACAGACGAUGACUCAAACGAUGAACGUGAAUGGGAUGUGGAAAGUUAUGAUGGCUGGUAUAACAAUUUAGCGCAUCCUGACUGGGGUGCUGCAGAUACCCCACUAACCCGGAAAUCUAUUUCUGCGUAUGGAGAUGGCGUGUAUGAGAUGGCUGGCAAGGAGAGACCAAACCCUUUCGAGAUUAGUGAAAAAGUGUUUGAAGGGGACACUGGUCAUCCCUCACACAGAGGAAGAACAGUUAUGCUAACUUUUUUUGGUCAGCAAGUUGUAGAAGAGGUUUUAGAUGCUCAACGUCCAGGUUGUCCUCCGGAAUAUGAAAACAUUCCUCUUCCCAAGAAUCAUCAUCUUCAUAACCAGGGGGUUAAAGAGAUGCCAUUCUUGCGGACUAGGUAUGACAUGACAACUGGCUAUUCUCCCAAUGUUCCCAGAGAGCAGCUGAAUGAGAUUACUCCAUGGAUUGAUGGUGGUCUUUUCUAUGGCACAACUAAAGCAUGGGCUGAUGCACUGCGGAGCUUUGAAAAUGGCAGUCUUGCUUGUGAGGAUCCUGACUGCAAGUUUCCAAGAAAAAAUAAAAUUGGGCUCCCAAUAGUUAAUCCUCCACCACCUCGAGAUCACAUUCUAAAGAGUGCUGAACGAUUUAAUGCUCUUGGGAAUCCAAGGGGCAACGAGAAUCCAUUCAUGCUAACAUUUGGUGUGUUAUGGUUUCGAGAACAUAAUCGACAUGCAAAGCGACUGGCUAAGGUUCAUACAAAUUGGACUGAUGAGAAAAUAUUUAAUCGUGCUAGGCAAUGGACUAUUGCUGAACACCAGAGAAUUGUGCUGUAUGAAUGGCUGCCUGAGUUUCUUGGAAUUCCUAUCGAAAGCUAUGACAAUUAUAAAUCAUCAGUUCACCCGGGCAUUACUCAUGAGUUCCAGUCUGCUGCUAUGAGAUUUGGUCAUACUCUUGUGCCACCAGGUGUCAUUCGACGAGAUAAGAACUGUAAGAUCAUAAACACAACAUCAGCAACAGGAGCAGCUGGAUACAAAGGUGUUCGGACAUGUAAUUCAUACUGGAACCCUCAAGAUGCUGUUCAAGAAACUGACAUUGAUCCACUCUUGAUGGGAAUGGCUAGUCAAGUAACAGAAAGAGAAGACAACAUAGUUACUGAAGAUCUUCAUGGAAAGGUGUUUGGUCCUUUGGAGUUUUCUCGCCGAGACUUGAUGGCAUUAAACAUUCAAAGAGGUCGUGAUCAUGGUCUGCCUGACUAUAACACAAUUCGUUCAGCAUAUGGACUUCCAAAAAUUGCAUCAUGGCUGAAAAUCAACAAUGAAUCGCUUCACAAUGAAGCUCGUCAGUUUAUGCAAAUUGCUAUUGAGAAAGCUCGAAUUGUGUAUGGUGAUGACAUUAGCAAGUUAGAUGUUUGGCCUGGUGGCUUGUUGGAAACAACAACUCAAGGACCAGGGGAGCUUUUUCAACACAUCAUCAAAGAUCAGUUUAUUCGUAUCCGUGAUGGAGAUUGGUUUUGGUUUGAAAAUCGUGACAACGACUUGUUUACUGAUGAGGAAAUUGCAACAAUUCAUGCAACAACACUGAAGCAUAUUAUUGUGGAAAAUACAAACAUUUCUGUUGAUGACAUUCAAGACAAUGUGUUUAUUGUUGAUGAGCAGACGAAAUGUGUCUUUAAGCCUUUGGAGGCAAAAGACAUGGAAAACUGCACAGAAUGGCAGACAUUUGAUUAUUUUACAGGCAGUGAAGUGUCAUACACAGUUGUCUUUGUGUUGACUGGUCUGUUUAUUGUAAGUCUGUUUGUGUUGAUGUACACAUUGGCAAGGAGACGAAAGACUAUGAUUUCACGCAAUGUGAAGAAUGCUAAGACUUCGUCUUGUCCAGCAUCUGUUAGUGAUGAAAUUGUGCAUGGUGUACAGACUAUAAGAGUUCUUGAAUUGAAAUCAGAACAAGGAGAUCGCCCUGUUCUUAUUUUCAUUCGCACACAACCAUAUCAAGAAAUUUUGAUCACAGAUGACAACAGUCAGAAACUGAGAUCAAUAAACUUGAAGUUUAAACAGUUGACGUUACAGAAUGCUGUUGAUGACCCAACACUACUGCUUCUACGUGUUCCUCGCACGCAUGAUUUUAUCAUGCGAUACUCAACUAAGGAAGGUCGGGAUUUUUUCUCUCGUCAUUUGAAGAGGCAAAUGGAGGAAGUUGGUGCUCAAGUGAAUGUUGAGGAAAUGCACAGUAAAGAUUUGUUAAAUAAAGCAAUUACAAAGAGAAGACGUCAAAAGCUGGUGGCAGAGUUUCUUCGUGAGGUGUUUGAGCAUGCAUCAGAUGAGCAGCAAGGAAAGGUAGAUGAUGCAAAAUUAAAACAAAGGGUCCUGGAUUGUCAGUUGACAAAAGAUGAGUUUGCAGAGUCUUUAUCUCUGAAGUCUGAUUCCCUAUUUGUUGACCAGAUGUUUCGACUUGCAGAUGCUGAUGGUGAUGGUGCAGUGACAUUUAGGGAGUUUUUCAAUUUGAUUGUUGUGUUUACACAUGGAACAGCAGAUGCAAAGCUUCAUCUUAUGUUUGAUUUGUAUGACAUACAACACUGCGGAUAUCUUGACCGAAACUCAUUUAAGGAGAUGUUUGUUGCUAUGAUGGAGAUGGUCAAUGCAACCAUUGAUACAAACAGUCUCAACCAGCUAUGUGACUCAAUGUUUACAUCUGCUGGUCUUCAUCAGAAAGAUCAUCUUGCAUUUGAUGAUUUUCGUGAACUUCUGCAUGGUCACAAGGAUGCACUUGCUGAUCUUAAUCUUAAUAUGCAGGUACAAGGACACCACACCUCACCUCUUGCCAAGAGAAAAAAAAGAAGUUUGACAACAUCAUUGUUACCUUUUAAUGCAAGGAAACUGAGGCAUACCCAGUCAGAGCUUGGACCACGUCCAGAGAAAUACAGUUUGGCAGAAGAAAAAGCUUAUUCGAAAGACAGCAAUAGUCUUCCUGACAUUUGUACAACCAAAGAAACAAGUAUUUCUGCAGAUGCAACCUGUGGCAGAUCAUGUGAGCAACAUGGAAGUGGAGAACGUCUGCACCUUGAUCUUGCGGAGAAUGACGAAAAACAUGCAAAUCCACACAAAUCCAGUAAGGUUUAUCGCUACAAGCUAAACGUUGCACGUGCAUACUUCAGUCCAUUAGAUGCACAUCCUCCAUCCAGUUUUCAUGCUCCAACAUCUCAACAUGUUGAGACACUGCAGAAGAGCUCAUUAAUGUCAGUGGAACCAGCAAGUUCUUGGCUUGAUCGUAAAUUUUAUGGCUCACUUGCAGUUAUUGAGAACUACAAACGACAGAUCUUCUUUCUUGUUUUAUACCAUCUCAUUGUGUUGGCGAUAUUUGCUGAGAGAGCAUACUAUUUUUCUUUUGAACGAGAACAUGCAGGGUUGCGUCGUAUUGCUGGGUAUGGUGUUUCAGUCACACGAGGCGCUGCUUCUGCAAUGAUGUUUACUUACUCAUCACUGGUUGUUACAAAGUGUCACAACUUCAUUACUUGGCUGCGAGAGACUUCCCUCAAUCAGUAUAUUCCAUUUGACUCAUUCCAUGGCUUUCACAAGUGCUUUGCACUGACAGCAUUGAUCUUCACUGUGGUACAUGUGCUGGGACAUGCUCUUAAUUUCUACCACAUUUCUACACAACCGGCAAAUGAUCUGACGUGUUUGUUUCGUGAAGUUUAUCACUUGUCCGAUGAGCUACCAAAAUUUCACUAUUGGCUGUUUAACACUGUUACAGGUGUGACAGCUGUGUUGCUGCUGCUUGUGACUGCUGUUAUUUUUGUUUUUUCUACUCCAUUUGCUCGACGCUACACAUUUAAUGCUUUCUGGCUUACACACCAGCUCUACAUUGUUUUUUACAUUCUUAUGGUGCUUCAUGGCUGCGGUCGCUUGGUCCAAGAUCCCAUCUUCUAUCUUUACUUUGCAGGACCUCUCUGCCUCUUUGUAAUUGACCGUCUAAUCAGCAUCAGGCGAACUCACUCUAAGUUAUCAGUUAUCAAAGCUGAGCUUCUCCCAUCAGAUGUGACACACUUGAAGUUCAAGAAACCAGACCACUUUGAGUAUAAGUCAGGACAGUGGGUACAGAUGGCUUGUGUUGCUAACGGACGACGGCAAUUUCAUCCAUUUACGCUCACGUCUGCACCUCACGAAGAUACAUUGAGUGUUCACAUUCGUGCUGUUGGACCUUGGACUUAUAACAUUCGACAAAUUUAUAAUCCUGCCAACUUGACUGAGAGGUCUUAUCCAAAAGUUGUUGUUGAUGGACCGUUUGGUGAGGGCCAUCAAGACUGGUAUAAAUAUCAAGUCGCUGUUAUGGUAGGAGGUGGCAUUGGAGUGACACCGUUUGCAUCCAUUCUCAAAGAUAUAGUGAAGAAAACAUCUAUGAACACACCUCUCAAAUGUGAACGAGUGUACUUCUUGUGGGUGACGCGAACUCAGCGGCAGUUUGAAUGGUUUACUGAUAUUAUCAGGGAAGUGGAAGAGAUGGACAAUAAACACUUAGUUGACGUCCACCUUUUCAUCACUCAAUUCUACAAUAAAUUUGAUUUGAGAACAACAAUGCUGUACAUCUGUGAACGUCACUUUCAACGUGUAUGCAAUCGAAGUCUGUUUACUGGUCUUCGUGCUGUCACUCAUUUUGGUCGGCCAGAAUUUACACAAUUUCUUGCAGAAAUAAAGAGUCUUCACAGGAUUGUCAAGAAGAUUGGUGUCUUCUCUUGUGGUCCUCCACCCAUGACACAAAGCGUAGUAUCUGCUUGUGCUGAUCUUAAUGAAGUUCAAGGUCCUGCAUUUGUUCAUCAUUAUGAGAACUUUUAGGUCUAAGCGUAGCUUUUUGACGACAAUAUCUGUUUAGCAAAAUGCUUCAUUUUUCUCUGUAGUGAAGAAAUUUAUAUGUCUAACUUAUGACUAUAGACUAAAGUAGAAAUGGUUUGGAUUGAUGUAAGAAUUUAUUAUUCGGAGUUUAACAGCUCGAUAUAUUAAUGCGGGGAUGGUUGCUGAUAUA